AUGAUUAUAGCUGAGAACUAUGAAGAUCUUUUGAGAAAAGGUACCUGGAAAUCUCGAAAUAUCUAUCUAUCCUGUAAACAAUGUUUGGGCAGGACUUUUGGGUAUAUUUAUACUGUAUAUUAAAAGUUGUCUUAAGAAAUAAUCAUUGACAAGUAUUGUAGUUUCUACAUCUAUGUCCCUCAACAAAGCAUUUCAACUUAUCGACAUAGGUGGUACAUGAAGGUGUAUUGGGGUGCUUUCCAUUUAAUGGCCAGCCAUGGAAAGAUCUGGUCCAGGUUUCUUGAAACUAUAGCCGAAAUGGAGCUUGUCCUGAUUUGAUCCAAAUUUUACUGUCAUACUUCUCUGAUGUCCAAUAAUUUUGUGUUUCAUUUAAUAAUUUUAUCAGUCUAACUGGCCCGACCAUGUUAAUGGAAAGUACCCUUGUUAUCCCAGUACCACAGCUCACCCCCACCCAUGCACCCCCAAUUCUGUCUCUUUCUAUGACUCAGUAUUUCUUAGUUUGGCUAACAAAAUAACUAUGAGUAUAUUUUUAUAUGAUUUUCCAAAUAAUGUUACAUAGCACCUCUUCAUAAUACCUACCUAAUACAAAAUAGAUCUAGUUAUAUGAGUUAUAUCAAGUUAUGGACAUAGUAUUUUGACAAUAUUUUGACUAUAUAUAUAAAAAUAGGUACGCACUGCGUACAUGUGGCUUGUCGAAUACAGCUGGAGUUCACACUGUCAUGAACAUUCAACACAAACAUUCAUUCUGAUACAAAAUUAAUAAUUACAAUAGAUGAAUGGUCAAAAUAAAACAGAUACAGCAUCGUUCUUACAAUGCCAACAAAUGGCUACAAUCACUCGAUUUAAAAGCAACAUUGGUUGGUAGCAAUGAUUCAGCCAACAAUAUUAUUGAGUUACACUAGUACUUUAAUUAAUAAAUGUUUUGCUAAAAUAAUAAGCAUAUACAGCAACUAAUGAUGUCAAUUUUAUUGUUUUUCAAAAUUUCACUAAUAUGUAAUUCACUAAGAUUUCAUUACAUUGGGUUUCUUGUUACAAAUAUAUUUGGUGUCUGGUUUACAAGUCAUCAGCUUUUCUUGAAUUGCUGGCAUCGCAGAUAUCAUAAAACAUUUAAAUUCAAAGUUCUUCAAUAUAAUAUUUAAUACUAGAUUUCUAAACAUUUUUUAUUUAUUGUAAAAUCUAACAGCAUCGGAAUUUAUAAUGAACUCAUCAAAUCAAUUUAGUCAUUACCACUAAGAUUUUUGUCUGAUAGUUGUAUUGCCCUGAUACUUGCACAAAUAUUCUGAUCUUCCUAUAUUAUCCAAUAUUGUUACCAGUCACCAUAUUAUCAGCAAAUUGACCAGAACAUGUGUUCGCUAUAAAAGUAUGAACAUGCUACUCAAUUGACACUGCUGUUAUUAAAUGCAGAAAAGUUGAAACUUGUUGAUAUGAUCUCAUCACAUUAUGGCUGUGGGUUUGCUUCUUCACAUAUAUAUAUACCCUCACAACUGCAAGGGUCAGUGUUGUAUGGUGAUUGCACUGAUUUUCAGGAAUGUAGCGAAGCGUCUGAAGUUUGCGAGGGGGGUGUCGGAUGUCAAAUGGUCAUCAUUUCACAAAUAUAACAACUUUUUUACACAAAUUUUACCUCAAAUGUCAAAAUUUAGAGUAUACUUCAAUUUUACCUGAGUUUCACAGUUGUGGGGUUUACACCUCCCACACCCGUCUCUACGUCUCUGCUGAUCUUAGAUCGGAUAUAUUAUUUACAUCUGGACUACAUAUCCAAAAAAUAUACUGCACCUAUGUGCAGUUGUAUUUCCUGGUUUAAUAGGUCUAAUGAAUGCAAAAUAAUACAUUUUCACUCAAUUACUUCCAUCUAGAAGAUCCUUCAACUGUAUGUAAACAGACUGAGCUUCCACGCUAGUGACUACUAUAGACUAUAUUAAUAUAAAAUAGUCCAGCCUGUUUUCUGUGUUAAUUGUAGUUUUGUACCUGCAAGUGGAUAGGGCAGUUGUAGUGUUGUUGUAAAAUAUGCCAACAAUGGGCUUGUUUCUUAUAUAAUUUACCCACAUAAUGGUAUAUUUAAAAUGCAAGAUCUGUGCAAGAACGUUCCGAUUAUAAACAGGAUUGUAAACUCACUAUCAAGCUUUAUAUGAAGCGUGAUCAAAAUCUCUUUGACCAGAAGCAGAGUCCAGAGCAGACAUGAAUAGCAAAUAUGAUAUUGACAGAUUCACAAAUUGUAAACAUAUAAAAUAUCGAUUGAAAUAACAAAAAUUAUCUUACCGUUUCUGUGAAAAAUUCAUUCAAGUAUUUCUACGAGAGUUGCCAACUGUAAUUUUGCUGAGUGAGGCAUAUAUCUGUCACUUUAAAGUCGUUACUCGUUAAUACGAUCACAGUAUAAGGAUACAAUACCUUUUCUGUGGCAUUUAAUACCAUCGCCUCAUGCCAUCAACGAGAGUUUCCGAAGCCAGUCAACAAGUUCCGUCACAACUUCACAACUUUUACAGUUUUAGCGUUACAUUGUGGCUAGCCCGCGAACGUGCUAGCCACAAAAAGAACUGACAUGGUGUACUAUAGAAAAUGCCUCUAGCAUCAUAUUUUGCCGUCAUGCCCCUGUAGAUCUUUUUUGGGGACCAUUUUUACCUCACCAAGAGGUUUAAUGCUUUUUAUGUGUGUGUGUGUAUUUUAACGAAACUGGAUAGAAAUGUUCAAACAUUUUAAUACAAAAAAUUGUUGUGUUUAACUUAAAUAAUUAACAGAAAUUGUUUGUGAGGUUUGCAAAACGUGGAGACUGGAGAGUCUUGCUUUCCCGGUCUAAACAGAACUGAAUGUGAAAUUAUACAUAUUGCACAUAUAAUUUAUGCGUGAAUACCUAACUCGAUUUGCUGAGCACUCAGGCAUGCAGUCCCUAAGUAGCUUCUAGUAUUUUAAUACUUCCAUGUGAAAAUGAAUAAGGGAGGGCAUCACUUGGUCCUAGGUGGGAGCUAGAGUUACGCCCAUCUAAAUGCCAAGCAAUCUUUUUGCUUCUUGUUUUUUAUGAGAAAUAUAUUUGAUAAAAAAACACUAAUAUUAUAAGAACAUUAUAUUUCCUAUGGUCAAACCAUGGAUUGUAAAAUAACUGGAUACGAAACUAGCUGACAUCACAGUCUAAACCUAGUUGCAAUCUGUGACGUCACAUGUAUUGCCAAAGUUUUCAGCAUUUUUGUUGUUUCACUAUAUUUUCCGCUUUGAAAGAGUUAUAUUGAAGCAAAAACUGGUCUAAUUGUUUUAAAAGGUAAAUGUUUUUCGUCUUUGUUUUGUAUUUUUUAACAUUUGUAGCUACGAAAUUGGCGGCGCCAAUUUUUACGAAAUUUGCGAUGCAUUUUUCACUGUUUAGUGCUUGAAAUAUUUGCUAAAAUUGACUGGGAAUACUUAGAGAUUUCAUCGUAGAAUGGUCUAGUAAUAUUUAUUUGCUCUUAGCCUAAAAUGUCUAGCUGUAUUAUCACUAAACAUGCCGUUUUUGAGAAUUUGGUUUGCAACUAGGUUUCAACGCCAUCAUCCCAUUGAAAACAUUAGGUCACGUCAGCUAGUUUCCUAUCCAUGUCUUUUACUAUCCAUGGUCAAACCAAAAUAUGAUAUAAUAUCUGGUUUCAAAGAUUUUUUUAUUCUAAAGGGGCUGACAAACUUGGUUUUCCAAACAAUGCUAUAAAGACUCUAGUUCUUGAGCAGGAUGGAAAUGAAGUAGACAGUGACUCUUUUGAGUAUAUUGAAGAAGGGACAACUUUCAUUAUUCUUACCUCGAAUCAGGCAUGGAAAAGUUGUGAAGGUUUGCAUGGUUUUCACUAUUAUGUGCACAAUAAUUCUGGAGUUCUUAUAGGAUGUACAUGAACUUGAAUAAUGAACAUGCUAUGUUGAUCAUGCUGAUGAACUUAUCCUGUGUCUCUAUGUUUCCUAGAUGUUGGUGUGGGCAAUCAAGUGAGUGAAACCUCAAAAUCCGAUGAGUCAAUGCAAUCUAAUUUAAAGCAAAGUAUGAUGUAAUUUUGUCUAUAUCACUGCAGUGUAUAUUUCCAAAUUUACAUCUCUCAGACCGUGAUUUUUUGUCUGUGUUUGUUUCAGGUGGCCAGAAAACUAUCUGCUUUCAGGGAAAUCAGAUUGUGUUGGGUCCAACUCUACAGGUACGAUCUGCAGGCAGAGAUAUUGUGUAAUUGUGCAAAAUUAAAAAUUGUAUCUCAGACGUCAAAUUUGAUAUCUACAUAAUAUAUAUAUAGACCUCACCCUAAUGUAUUUUUAGAUUAACGUUAAGUAGCUUCAAGCAGUUACUUCGUUGCGCACCUAAGAAUAAUUUAAAUCUAAAACCACAUGUUUUUGUUUUUGAUUCAGCAAAGUGGUUCAAAAUCAAACAUUGAGGUGGCUGUUAAAAUAGACCCUGAAAAGUUGAGAGAGGACAGCAAGAUUUACCCAAAUGCAGUUCCUGGUUCUUUCUUGUAUAAAUAUAGAAAAGCUCUAAAUGAUGCUGCAUAUGAAAUUUGUCUGGAAAAUCCAUCCUUAGUUCACAAGAGAGGUGAACUGCAGUCUUUGGCCAGGGCAAAAGUGGAUGAAAGUGGUUAUUCAUACACGAAAAAUAAAUCACGAUCGCAAGAAUUGUCCAUUCCUUGUGCGAACAAUUUAACGCCAAAAAUUACCCCAUCGUUGCGAGCAAAAAGAAUAACGAAUAUCGAAGAAGAUUUAAAGGAAGUAAAUUUAGAAAUGUCCUUGCUUGAAAGAUCCAGAGCAAAAGCCAGGAAUCUAAACCAAGAUGAGCGUGCAAGGAGCUUGACACAGGAGAUGACUCCGCUAAGACAACGAAAGCGGAAACUAGAUGAUGAACUGUUGACCCUCCAGAAAAAAGAAGCAAAGUCACUCAAGCAAAAGAAAAUGAGAAACUCUCAAAUCAAGGAAGCCAAGAAUAAGCUAGACGGUAAGCAGCUCAAUUCUUCACAGCGCACUCUGGAUGAAGUAUUGGAUAAAGGGCAGGCAUUAAAUGCUGAAGAAAUCCUUGAAGUACUUGAUUCUGUUGAAGACAGCGCAGAAAUCAGCAAAGAAAGUGAAGUCAGCGAAGUAGUAAGUGAUGUUGAGGAAAAGAAAAAUGUAGCUCCAGCAGAGUCUUUUUUGUAG